AUGCUUUUAGGAUUAUUAGACUAUGCCCAAAUGGCUAGAAACUUCUUUCCACCCGCCCCUGCGCUCUUGCCAAAGGACUACCCGUCUUUGGCUGAUAAGGUGGUGAUUGUCACUGGAGGUAACUCUGGUGUGGGAUUCGAGGUUGUCAAGCUCUUGGGUGCGACCGGUGCUAAGGUCUACAUCUUUGCCAGGAGCGAAGCCAGCACGCUCCAGGCGAUCGAGGAUGCCAAGAAGGUGGACAAGGACAUCGAUGUUCACUUCGUGAAGGUUGAUUUGAGCGACUUGACCACCAUCAAGCCUGCUGCCGAGGAGUUUUUGGCACGUGAAUCCAGAUUGGAUCUUGUGAUCCACAAUGCUGGUGUGAUGAUUCCACCAAAGGGUUCCACCUCUGCUCAGGGCUACGAGUUACAGUUAGGGACUAACAUUAUCGGUCCGUUCGCAUUGCAGAAGCUCUUGACCCCUGUGAUGUACGAGACGGUAGAGAAGUUUAACACCGCUAAUGAAUCCAGAAUCGUCUGGGUUUCGUCCUCUGCCCACGCGCUUUCUCCGAAACACGGUAUCAACUUGGACAAUUUGAACGACUUGACUGCAGAUGAAUGGAGCAACUACGGACAUUCUAAGGCUGGAAUGAUGAUCGCCGCCGCUCAGUGGGCCAAGCACAACCCAAAGGAGGCUGCCAAGAUUGUCACCAUUUCGGUCGAUCCGGGUAACUUGAAGACCAACUUGCAGAGACACAUGUCCUCGUUUACCGAGAAAAUCUUACUGUAUACUUUGUUCCCUGCUAUCAACGGUGCGUACUCUGAGUUAUUUGCCGCCUUGUCGCCAGCCGUGUCCACCGCCAACAACGGUGAGUACAUCAUUCCGUGGGGAAGAUUCGGUAGAAUCAGAGCCGAUGUUGCCGAGUCCGCUGGCAACGAGACCGGCGAGAAGUUCUACAAGUACUUGGAAGAUGAGACGGCCAAGUAUUUGUAA